CUCUUGAGUAAACAGCAGACCCGCUGGGUAGUCCUGAGCUGGUCUGGGGCUGGCCAUGCUGGGUUUUCAGUGAUGCCCUUCUGCCUCUGUGGGGUUGGGCUCCAGCAGUUCUCAGCUGUACGAGGCAGGACCAGGGGAGACAGAUGGCUGUGUUCAGCCCAACCCUGAUCUGCAUACAGUAGCAUAUGAAUGUAUAGUGUGUUAAGAGCAGCGCCAGCUUCUGCCCAGGGCCAGCUUCUACCCAGGACCAUCGUGUGUACAAGAGGCCAGCACAGUGCCCAGGCACUAGGCACACCUUCAUUUUCAUCCUUCCACCCUGCCUAGGGACGCCUAGGUUCCUGGAUGGAAAUGAAACCACUCCCUAGAGAGUGCCUGUCCUGUGGUGAUGGGAAAAGUUUUGCUCCCCAAAGCCCACCCCGUCCCCCCCCCACAACCUCCCUGUCCAUUGCAGAGAUUGGUGUGGGCAUCACUGGUUUUGGAAUCUUCUUCAUCCUCUUCGGGAUACUCCUGUAUUUUGACUCAGUGCUCCUGGCCUUCGGAAAUCUACUGUUCCUGACGGGCCUCUCCUUCAUCAUCGGCUUGAAGAAGACCUUUACAUUCUUCUUCCAGCGGCAUAAACUCAAGGGGACCAGUUUCUUCUUAGGGGGUGUGGUCAUUGUGCUCCUGCGCUGGCCCCUCCUGGGCAUGCUGCUGGAAACCUACGGCUUCUUCAGCCUGUUCAAGGGCUUUUUCCCUGUCGCCUUUGGCUUCCUAGGCAACACCUCCAGCAUCCCCUUCCUGAGCACGCUGUUCCAGAGGCUUCAAGGCACCAGCUCAAUGGUCUGAAUGACAGAGAUGAACUCCUUGAACUUAGAUCAUUGGUUGAGGGGGCUGGAGGGAAAAUGGGGACCACCCCCUCAGAGCCCCCACCCAGCACUGACUCACUUCCUUGCAUAUCCGGACCUCCUCAAGCCCAGAAGGAAAGAUGGAGCUGAGUGACUAACCCAAAUCCUUAAGUCCGCUUAAGAAGCUACCAGAACUGCUGGCAGGAAAGACCAGGGCCCCUUGCAGAUCAGAUUGGGGCUGGUAUAACAUCCCCACCCUAUAUUUAUGGGAGGAAAAGAGAAGAUUAAAUCCUCAAGCCUAGA